GAUGUCGGGAAGUGUAGUUUUCUUUUGGUCUAUUGCAGCAGAGUCACUUCCUGGUCGGAUUGUAAACAGAGGGCUGAGUGCUGCUUGUUUUGAAAUCCAAAGACCAAGCACUACAUAUCUAUAAUGAUGUCUGAGCUUCACAUCUGUGUUCAGCUGGCAGACCAGACCCCAUCCCUCAAAUCUGUCGUGCAUCUCCCAGGACAAAGCUCCACCAUGGGGCACAAAGUAUCAGCUGUUAAACAGCUCAUAGCGGCCACAAUGCCAGAGUCAUUAUCCAACCCUGAACUGAUUGAUCUCAUACACUGUGGCCGGAGGCUCCGGGAUGAUCAGACUUUAGAAUACUAUGGUGUCCAAUCAGGAAGUACUGUGCAUGUCCUGCGGAGAGCGUGGGCAGAACCGUCACCCAGGCCAGAGCCUGUAGAUAAAAUUGCCGCUGCCCGAGAGUUCCGUGCUCUACACACAGCCCUCCACACCAGCUCGGCCUACCGAGAUGCGGUAUUCAAGCUUCUGGGGAGCCGGGAGUCCCUGGAACAGAUAGUUGUAGCCACUCCAGGCCUGAGCGCUGACCCUGUGGCUAUCGGCGUUCUGCAGGAUAAAGAUCUCUUCACUGUAUUUACUGACCCCACUAUGCUGGAUACGCUGGUCACCUCUCAUCCUGCCCUAGUUAAUGCAAUCAUAUUGAUUCUACACUCGGUCAGCGGCUCUUCUGCUUUGCCAACACCAGAUUCCUCCGCACACACAGUCCCCCCUGCCACCCUGCACAUGCCAGGUGGGUUCCUCUUUGAUGGUCUUUCAGAUGAUGAGGAUGAUUUUCCUCAGGCCUCCCGUUCUGGCCCUUCAAGUAGCACAUCAGGGUCUCGUCCAGCAUCUCUAGGAUACACAGGGGCAGCAGGUCCUCGUCCCAUCACACAAAGUGAACUGGCCACAGCUCUUGCCCUUGCCAGCACCCCAGAGAGCAGUUCACACACUCCAACACCGGGGACACAGGGUCACUCCUCUGGGACAUCCCCAAUGUCAUCCAGUGUGCAAUCGGGAACACCAAUCACAAACGACUUGUUCAGCCAAGCCCUCCAGCAUGCCCUACAAGCAUCGAGCCAAACUUCACUACAGACCCAGUGGCAGGCACAGCUCCAACAGUUGCGUGACAUGGGCAUACGUGAUGAAGACCUUAGCCUAAGGGCUUUACAGGCAACAGGGGGCGACAUACAAGCAGCCCUGGAGCUCAUCUUUGCUGGGGGUGCACUUUGAACUCACUGACGCUCUAACCAAUACCCUGCAACUCCAAGAAAUUCCUGUUUUAAGACCACUGACCAACUGUACAUUUCUGCUCACCAAACAGGACUGAAAUGGUUAUAUAAAACCUAUGACGCCAGUGAAGUCUUUUGACUCUAUUUAAAGUUCACAAAAUAAAAUAAAUUAAAGAUGAACAAUAAACAAACACAAAAUACAAGGACAUCUUUGUUAACAGAGACUAAUUUGUUACAUUCUGUAAGAACAUAUAAAAUAUAAGCUCCUUUUAAAAAAAACAAAAAAAACAAUGACCUUUGGAAUCUCAACAAUCAUUCUUUGUAAAAUGUCUAAAUGCCUUGCAGAGUUACCGUAUAUACUCGAGUAUAAGCCGACCCGAAUAUAAGCCGAGGCCCCUAAUUUUACCCCAAAAAACUGG